UGGCCGGCGUGUACGGUGCCAUAACUUGUCCAGUGUUCAGUUGCUGCUGCUACGCUGAACAUUAUAACGUUGAGUGAACGCCCCUGGGAACGUUGGUCUGCCUGUCGAAGGGUGUGUGAGUUCCACGACUCAUUUCUGCCGCAGCCGUUGUCAGCAGUGAAGGGCAGGACUUGUAUCAGCAUGGCCGCCAGUGGUAAAUCUAUCACAGUCAACAUUAACGACGAUACAAUAAGGUUGCGGAUCCCCAACAGGUGCCGACGGUGCUGGCACUACAAGGACGACCCUCAGCUGCCCUCCCUGCAGGAGAGCCUGAUGCUCCUCCUCUUCGGCAAGGACUCCGAUGAACUAAGACUGUGCCACUGCUUCGUCCUGGCUGCGCCCUUCGCCAUCCUCUCCUCCCUGUUUAUAUAUCUGAUGAAGACAAAGAGCAUACAGGAGGUACUGGAGUGGUCGCUUUUGUUCCUUCCUAUAUUCCCGGCAGUGAUGGUGGCGGCGCUGGUCGCAGUCAAGGGCUCUGCUAUGGAAUUAGCUCAUAAAUACUCGAGGAAGAUGGACUUUCAGAACCUCAUGAGUCAGACAAAGGAUGGAGAUGAGUUGCCUCUCCUGUAAAUGUACAGGUGUUUUAUAUAUGUGUGGGUGUGUGUGUGUGUAUAGUGCUCGUAUAGUUAGUGUGUGUGUGGCUGUCGUGUCUUGUGUGUGACUUUAUAAAGUACACACACACACGAAUAUUCUACAUUCCCGGUGAUCUGGCAACCUGAUAAUUGUUGUUGUUGUCAGGGAUGGGGGAGCUGUACUAAGGCUUCUCGGGUCGCCCUUGAUCAACUUCAGGGGCCGGAUUCAGGAAGGUACUUACGAAGGUUUUUCCUCUUAGCUAAGAACGUUUUCCCUCUUAGCGCCUUCGUGGCAGCUACGUCCGUACUCAAGUAACUACCCUAAGUGGAAAAACCUU